AUGAAUUCUCGUGGGGUUGGUAGUAGUGGGCAGCAGGCACUUGGACACUCACCACUAGCAAGGCAACAGAACUCAUGGUUUAGCCUCACACUCAAUGAGGUCGAAAACCAGUUGGGUGACUUGGGCAAACCAUUAGGCAGCAUGAAUCUUGAAGAGUUGCUUAAAAAUGUAUGGAAUGCCGAGGCAAGCAAUUCUUCCUGGAUGGACCCGAACAAUGCUUCCCCGGCAUCCUCACACCAGCUGCAGGCUAGCUUGUCACUUGCUAGGGCGUUUAACGGGAAGACAGUGGAGGAAGUGUGGAAGGAUAUCCAAGGACAUAAGAUAAGGAAUGCAGAGGAGACGGGUGGUAAGGAAAUAGAGUUGACACUUGGGAAGACUAACUCUGGAGACCCUCAGAAGAAUCUUGAUAGGAGGCUAAAGAGAAAGAUUAAAAACAGGGAGUUUUAUAUGUUUUACCUGAAGAGAUUUGCUUUCUGGCAAUUUACACAGGCUUACCACUACGAGCUAGCGAGCAGUGUUUCGUAUCUUGAAGAAGUAAACGCGAUGCUCAAAAAAAUAAAGGAAUUCAUGAAAAUGCUGCCUUCCGACUCUUCUGAACCAAGAUAUCAGCUUCGAAGAACCAAGGUUAUUCAUAGAACAUUACAUGAACUUCAAAAGUCGAAAAGAAUCAGAUUUAUCCGAAUAUCUUCUCUUACUGCCAAUAGCCUUCCCGGGAAAGCUCUCCAUACCAUUAUUUGUAGGACCGCCCUACUUGUACCGGCCCGGUACGUCCCGCAGUCCACUGACCACCUGAACAAGACCCUCUGUCAUAUAAUUAGUAACCGUACCAAGGAAGGAUGUCAAGCGGCGGAAAUACUCAUUUCUGCUACCAAUGCAGGCGGCCAGUUCGUCUUCGAGGAAUUUUUUGGAUCUCAUUCAGGAGAUGCAUCUGAUAUUGGAAUGAUGGAACCUUUCCAUGAUCCAAGAUUUGGGAUCAUGGAUGCAUUCGCGGCACUUAUGAGGCAGAGACUGGCUGGGAGAAACCCAACCUUCGACAUUAGGACGCGAUCAGGUGCGACUCCUGAAAACAGUGUGGCCUUCAGUUCUGGACCUUCUGGUCCAUGGUUGAUAUUUCAUGGGCAAUCACCAGUCGGCAUGUCUGAUAAUAAUGCAUUUGAGUUCUUUCUCAAUGGAAACCCUGGAAUGGGGCAGCGUCGAGGUAAUUUUGGUGAUAUUUUUAUGGGGCCUGGACUGCAAGAAUUGAUCGAGCAGCUUACCAUGAAUGAUAGGCAGGGGCCACCUCCGGCACCUCGUUCUGCAAUUGAUGCUAUGCCCACUAUUAAAAUUACUCAGAGGCAUCUUAGUACUGAUUCUCACUGCCCAGUUUGUCAAGAUAAAUUUGAGUUGGGUACUGAAGCUAGGCAGAUGCCAUGUAAUCAUAUUUACCAUUCUGAUUGCAUUACUCCUUGGUUGGUUCAACACAACUCCUGUCCCGUCUGCCGUCUUGAGCUGCCUUCACAGGGUUCUGGAAGUUCUUGUCCCAACUGGAAUUCGAGAACUGGGAACGCAAGUGGCAGCAGUGGUGCCCGCAACAGUGGAAGGGACAAUGUGCAGCAUCAGGGGAGAAGGAAUCCAUUCUCGUUUUUGUGGCCUUUCUGA